AUGCCAGUAGAAGUCACAAAGUCAGACCUACCAAACGGAAUCAAGCACAUAUCCCCCGAAAAGAUCGACCAUCGCACAGAUGAGGAGAUCGCAGCAUGGCUCCAGAAACGCCACCCGGUUACCUCAGACAAGAACAUCUGGGGCUUCUGGGACACGGGCUUUGCGCAGAUGAGCCCUUGGGUGAAACGAAAUGUGAUUAAUUGGGUCCGUCGGCUGGGUCCCGAGUGGACUGUCCAUAUAGUGGAUCGUGUUGAUGGUUCAGAGACCAGCGUCUUUCACUAUGUUGAGGAAUCCUACUUCCCAAAGACGUUUGUUGAGGGUACCAUGGAUGGCCAUAAGGCUCACAUGGGAGAUCUGGUUCGACUACCACUACUAUGGAAAUAUGGCGGUGUCUGGAUGGACGUUGGCCUCAUUCUCUUGCGUCAUAUUGACGAUAUCUGCUGGAAGCGAAUCGAAGAUCCCGAAUCGCCCUAUGAACUCGCUGCCGUAGCCUUGAUGCACCUACCGGACACAUAUACUCCGCUCAAUGGAUUCUUGUGCACUAAACGCAAUAAUCCCUUCGUCAAGAGGUGGCACGAUAUUUAUCUUGCCCUCUGGUCCGAGGGAGCCACCAAUUCGAAGGACUUCCACAAGCAUCCGCUGCUGCGGCAUUUGCCUCUAUUCGACCUUCAGAUGGAGACUGUCAAUCUGAAAGCUGAAAAGCCCAACGUGGAGCUCCUUUGUGACUAUAUGGCUCAUUAUACGUGUGCCGAGCGUCUGAGAAAGCUCAUUGAUCCCAACGAUGGCUUCAAUGGCGCGGAGUGGUAUGCCAAGCAUAUGCUCUUAUUCGACGCUGGAGUUGAAAUGUUUCACAUUCAAAAAAUUACUGCAUGGGAUGCGCAGCGCCAAUUCCGUCUCUUUUCACUACCACGCACCGGCGCCGGAGCUGUUGUGGAUGAAUCGUGGCAUGAGGCUGAGGCUUUCGUAACAUCUGUUCUGGCAAACUCUUCAAUGAUCAAGCUUCCCCACGGACCGCGUAACGAGGGAUUAAAGGUGAAUAUGCUGGCUGAUUUAUGGGAUGCCGAGGAGAAUCACAACAAGGACAUUGAAGAAGGGUCGUUUGCUGCGUAUUUGCGGUAUGGCUCUCUCCACUUUGACCAGACACGGGAGGUUAAGAAGCUUGAUUGGCAGAAUCCGAAGGAAGAGAUUGUCACUAUUGGAUACUUGGAGCCUGUGAAAAUGUGA